GCGCGAGGUCGUGUUCCGUGGAUGCGGCGACGCCAGCCGCCGCGAUGACCGCCGACGACGUUCGCCCGCCACCGCAAGAUGCUCAAGCGGAGGAAAAAGCACUGGCGUGAGCUCGUUGUCGAUCCGUGACAUGCGAGGGCCCCUCCGGUUCUGGACCGCCCCGUUCUUCCCUUUCCGCGUCGCGUAAUUUUUUUUCCGGUUUCUCCGCUAGUACACACGAGCUAUUCGUUCCGUCUAUUGCCGAGUGCGUCGAGCUUAAGAAAAAAUAAGAAAGAAUUUAUAAAACGCUCGUGCAAACUUUUUCAAAAUUGCCGUCAGAUUCCGUGUUCCGAAAACUCAAUCGGGUAAUUAAUUUUUCGUAUUCGGAGCGAAAUUGUGCCGUGAAGAAAGCAGUGGUGAUUCCGUGUGUGGACCUGCAGUACAAGAAGAAAAGUAUUAAGGAAAAGGAACUUCCGCCGUCGUUCGUCGUCCGUUGUAAUCCGACCGUAGUGUUUCGAAAGUGGUGUAAAUUUUUGUAAAUUUGAUAGCUUCGCAUCCGUUUAGUUGGGUGGCCGCGCUUCGCCGUAGAGAACUGUGACUAGUCGCGCAGUGUUGUAAAUAACGAUGUCCGUCUUCAGGUUCGGUACGAUCCGCAGCCCGCCGAGGCGUCCGACCGUGCAGAGCUCUGAACAGAGCCCCUUCUGCACGAGCCCCAGCCAACUCCAAGAGGUCACCCUCGACCCAAAUAUGAACGCGGCAAUGGCAUUUGCCAUACGAUCUCCAGGAAGAACAUCUCCAAACCGUGGCCGCACGAUGAAGGAGUACGAGGAACAACUUGGUCAUCUUCAGAAGGAAAACUUCAAUCUGAAGCUCCGAAUAUAUUUUCUGGAGGAGCGAAUGGACCAUAUGAGUGGAUCAGAUGACAAAGAACAAAUUGUUAAAGAAAAUAUAGAAUUAAAAGUGAAAUCGGAGACCUUGAGGAAGGAAUUAGCAGAUAAGCAGGAGUUGGUGUGCCAGGCAGCAAAAGCAGUGCAACUUAUGGAGGAACAACAUCAAAUGAAGAUCAAGCAAUUGCAGCAAGACUUUGAAGAACAGAAGAAAUCUUUCGAAAGGCAUAUUCUGGAGUUAGAGGAUCAACUGCAGAAAUUAAUGGAGCAACAUCAGGAACAGAAAUUUGUUAAAAUGGGUGACUCAUUGGCAUAUGGACCACCAGCAAGUAAACAAGCUGCUGAAGAAAUACAGGAGCAGAAGAAAUGCAUUGAUAAUCUGUUGGGUCAGAAACAUCAACUUGAAUGCAGCCUGGAGGAUGAAAGAGAACGUGCUAAUCAUUUGGAAGUGGCACUUCAAGAAGCACAUAGGGAAACUAAUCAUACAAGUAAACUGUAUGACAAUCUGAAACUGGAAAUCGAGGAACGUGACUGUAAACUUAAAGAGUUAAUAGAAGAGCUAGAGCAUAAGGAUAGGGGUAUAGCUGAGCUCAAACAGAAAGUUCGGUCACUUGAAGAGAUGCUAGGUUCCAGGAAUGAGGAUAUGAAAGUACAUGUAAGGGAGCGUACUGAACGUGAUGGUAUCAUUGAACAGAAAACAAAUCAGUUAAAAGAGCAGCAGAAAGUUUUGCAGGAUAUGGAGUCUAAUUUAAAUGAGAAGCAGAUUCAAAUUGAUUCAUUACGCUCUUUAGUUAUGACAAGAGAUUCGGCUAUAAUGUCUUUGGAAGCUAAAUAUACUUCAGCCAAAGCAAGUGCAAGAAGUAUGGAACUGAAGCUUGAUGCAUCGGAGAGAGAGAUUCAAAGGCUAAAAGAUGAGGUUAAUAUGAUGAAGGCUCAGAUGAAAUCUGGGAAACAGAGAAGCAGGGACAAUGCUGGUGGAGAUAAUGCAGCACCUACUUCAUCUAAAAACAAAUGGUGUUAUUGUGUUGACAACAGGUCUUCGCAAAAAAAGGGAGGAGGUCUUGAAGAAAAUGAGUUUGUAAAAAUGCACAUGAGUGAACUGCAAGCAAUGAAAAACAGACUUGCAACAGCUGAAGAAACAGAAAAGAAACUGAGUGGCAAAUUGGAAUAUUCUGAGAGCAAACUUAAGGAUGAGAAACAGCAUGUAGCAGAACUUGAAAGUCAUGUAAAUGAUAUUACUCAGAAACUGAAAGACAUUCAGGUGAAGCACCAUCAGGCAGAGGAAAAGAUUUGUAAAAUGGAGAAUUCAUAUAGAACUGCAUGCCACACACUUCAAGAAUCCAUACGAAAAUCUAAAGAACUUAAAAAAGAAAAUGAGCAGCUGAGAGAGUUGGAUAAGAAAAGAAAAACAGAGAUGCAACAAAUGGCAACAAAAUUAACUGAAGCUUACAGUCAGGCCAAGUCUGGGCAGAAGCAGCCAGCAGAAGCACAUUAUCUGCAAACUGGUGUACAAAUGGAGCAAGAUGCACAGAAUGUGUUACCAUGUUGUGUGCUGGCAUCUGGGCCUGGUGACAAUUUCUCAGCUGAGGUUGAAAUGAUGACACAGUUCUUAUUGAAGGCCAUAAAGGAGAAACAAGACAUCAUAGAGUCCUUCGAGACCAAGCUUGCUGCAGUUACACAAGAAAUGAAAAUUAAGGAUGCUCACACAAUGAAGCUAGAAGAAGAGAUAUGUGAAUUACACAAUUGUCUGAAGGUGCUCCAAAGCCAGCAGGUGAAGGAAGCAGGAGGAACAAUCCAACAAGCCAACAGAGGGAUUGAUAAUGAGGUUUCAGAUUUAGUUAAAAGCAUUGAAUCUAAAAUGCAGAAUAUGUUGUUGUGCGAAGUACAGGAGAAAAAUCGAGAAAUUGAAAGGUUAAAUGCAGAACUUCGCAAACGUACAACAAAUCUCCAGGAACUGGUAAACAAGGAAUUGUGGGAUAAAAAUAGAGAGAUCGAAAAACUUCAAGAUCGUUUAAAUAUAAUGUGUGAAAGAAAAGAUUUGCAAAUUAAGACUGUAAAUCAACAGCUAACUACUAAGGAGUUACAGUUAAAGGCACUGCAAGAGAAAGUCGUAGAGUUUCUUACAAAGGCUGGUAUUCCUACAGCUCUGGUCUUUAAAGAACUUCAGUUAAUUAAUUUUACGCAGACUGAAGGUAACAACAUCUCUGAUGUUACGAAGGACAAAGCCAGACAUUUACAUGUGUUGUCAUCUGCUUGUGUUGAUGUAAAUCCAAACUUACAGUCUAACUUGUUGGCAACAAUGGAAGAAAAUAAGUAUUUGUCACAGAAAGUGGAAGAGUUGCAAGAACGAAUCCGGAACACUCCUGAAAGAGAUACUGAAAGCAGAAUUGUGCAGAAUUUGCGUGCAGAGUGUUUGAGGCUCAAAGAAGAACUGGAAAUUGCUGAGAAGAGAUGUAGAGAUGCAAGGGAAGGAAUUACAAUACUGACCCGUCGCUUAGAAGAACUUGCACUGUUUCUAAGUUCACUAUUACAAAAUCGAGAACUUCUGCGUGGUCUCAGCAUUCAACGACACCGUGUACUAAAACAAGCUGUGGAAAACAGCAUUGAAUUAUCAAGGCGAUUGUCUUUAUCUUUUGCUUCAUUUCAUUCAGGGAAUGACAGUGCAAGUUUUAUGCAGACAACUACACUAUCUGAUAUAAUGUCUCUCAGUAGUCUGUCAGAAUUUUUGAAGGAAAAAGUUAGUCCAGGUGAUACUACUAAUGAUGUUUGCAAUAUUGCUACUGAUAUACCUAAUGAAUUUGAUUUGAAGUGCCCCUCUAUAUCACCAUACAAUAAACCCAUAACUGGAACUGCUGACAACGAAUUGCAACAAAACUGCACAAAAGAACUUACUGCAACUGACCUUAUCACAUUUACUCCACCAGUGUCAAAAAGUGCUGAAAAUGCUAAUGAGGCAUCUCUUUCAUCAAUGACAUUUUACAACAGCUGCCAUACUACAGUUUAUCCCCAGCCGGGAAGUUUAGGAACAAAUGGUGAAAAUGCACAGUCUCUGUCAGAUAGUGCUAAACUGUCUGGUGGAGAACAGGUAUUUCAGCACGUCAGUAAUAGUCAGUGUCAGACUGCAAAAUCACCACCCCUUAUAUCAUUUUCACCAGCUUGUGAGGAUACAGUGAAUAAAGGUAAGAUGUUAUUAGAUAAAAGCUUGGCACAUUCUGAUUUUCAAAGAGAGAACAUGAUUCAGAAAGAGUGUGGUUCUUGCAUAAAAGUUGUUUCAGAAAAUAAAAACCAGUAUCUGUCAGAUUCUGAAGCAUGGUCUGAACCAGACAGAAAUGUAUCUAUGGAGAGAAUUGGGCUUCAAGAUGAACACAGCAAAGCCCUUUGCGUCAGUGGUUCUAAUACACUGAGAGCAAGAAAUUCACGAAUUCAGGAGUCUGAUAAUUCGUCAGAGGCUUCAGAAGAUACUGCACAAGAAGAUGUAAGGAUGCCAGUUAAUCGAAGAAUUCGGUAUGAAUCUGGUGAACUGAAACGACUGCAAAAUAGGCUUUGUGCAUUAGAGCUAAUGAAUGAUGCCCUGAAAAAUGAGCUAGAAAUACUCCACCAACUGAAGGGGCAACUAGGUGAUGCAAAAGAUCAUAGUGUUACCUCUUUCCAGUCAUCACAGUGUCAUGAAUGUAAAAAAUCAACAAAUUUUGAGGGCCACAAGGCUGAUGAAAGAUCAGUUACUAUUUCAGUUUGCUUGUUAGAACAGAUAAGAAAUCAGAGAGAGAAGCUAGAAUCAUCACUUGUGCACAAUGACUUAAUUCGUAAGCAGCUUGAAACAGUUGUUUUAAAUUUACCUGUUCCGGAGGUGGACAAUGCACACAGUUUAUGGCAGAAGCUUAAGGAAGCAAGUGAAGACUUAGAUCUAGCUCAAAAUAAAGUUCAUCAGUUAGAAAAAGAGCUAAUAACUGCAAGACUACAGUUAGAAGAAAGCCAGAACAAGAUAAAAAUAUUGGAAACAAAUGGCAAAGCUCUACAGGCAACUGAUUUGGAAAAGCAGAUUUGCACUCUUCGUGCUACAAUUCAAGAGAAAGACAAUGAAAUACUAGAAAGACAGUGCUUGGUUCUAGAGCUUGAGAACAAGGCAAAAGAACGAAGUAUAGAGAAUGAGAAGAAAUUACAUUUUGAUAAGAUGGCUCGAGAAGAGUUAGAAAGAAAGCUUGCAGAUGCUCAAGAUAUGAGAGGAAAGUAUGAGAGAAAGGUCUCUGAAUUAGAACAGAAAGUAAAAGAUGCUGAAUCAAAGCACGAAGAAGUAAAAACCAAUUUAGUGAAAGUGACAGCAAAACUAGAACAAGAAUUACUCAUUUCAAAUGAGAAAAGAAAUGAAGCAGAGUCAGAGUUACAUGAAGUGAGUAUGAAGCUGCAUAACACUGAGAUGAAAAUUAUGGACCUGGUGGGUCAGAUUCAAGCUGCGAAUGAAGAAAAUAAGAAAAAGGAGAGUGAGUUGGAAGAAGCUUCAAUCAGAAUUAAAGAUAUUGAGCUUGCUGCGAGUUCUAAACUUGGUGAACUUGAGAAACAAUUUCAGGAGAAAGAGUGGGUGUUGAAAACAGAAUUAGAGAGAAAAUCUGAAGAGUUUGAAAAGCAAAAAUUAUUUGGUGAAAAGCUGCAGAGGAGAGUUAAGGAACUAGAAGACAGAGAAUGUGCUUUAAAGCAAGAAGCUGAUAUGAAAGUUACAGAGCUUGACAAAAAACUUAAGGAAUCUGAAAUAUGCUCAAGAGAAAAAGUAAGGGAAAUGGAGAAACUAUUGAAAGAGAAAGAAAAUGAAUUGCAUCGUCAGUUAGAUGAAGCAGCUGUUGCAGCAUCAAGCCUUACUUUAGAAAGAACAAAGCUAGUUAACGAAAAGUUGCGUUUGGAACAAGAUGUACGCCGCCUUGACCUAAGGUUAACUGAUGUUGAAAAAAAUAGCCAAGAAAAAGAGAAACAACUUCAGGCAGCUAACUAUCAGUUAGAAGCAAAGGUGAAGAAACUGCAAGAAGAAAAGGAUGCUUUACAAAAAUCUGUCCAAGAAUUAGAAUUUGCAAACUCUGAACUUGAGAAAAAUCUUGCUAAAAUUAAUGAGAGAAAUCAACAAGUGGCACUCAGUGUGAGAAGUGGACAUACAUCUGGAGUGCAAGAAAAAAGUAUAGGGCAUAAAGUGGACUUUAUAUCUCCAUCUAGUUUGUCAUCUGGAUUUGAUGUGUUCAGUGGUGAAAGUGGCUCGCUUCCAACCAGUCUCUGGUCUGUGCCGUCCCGAUUCUUUGACAGUAUGAAGAAUAGCACAAACAAUAGUGGCAUGCAACAUGUACUUGCUAGACAGUAUAGUGAUUUGUCUGAUGGCAUGUCGGAAGAACUUGCAUCAGAUGAGUAUAGAGGAAUGGUGCCUAGAGUAGGCAGGCAAUUAUCUGCCCCGUGUGAACAACAAUUGGAUUCUUUUGAAACGAGAAAUACUGCAACUUCACCUGAUUUAGGAAUUGAAAGUGAUCAAGGCCGAUUGUCGAGCCUUGAGGCUGCUCCUGCACAGACACCUUUGCUACAUUUGGAAAGGACACAGCAUCUGGAAAAUCAGGAUGGGAUAUUUCAAAAUAAUUCUGCUCUUGUUCCUACUUCAAAGAAUGAAUGUAAUGACCUGAUGCUGCUCAGGCAAGAAAAUACAGAACUGAAGAGACGCCUCAUUCAAACUCGUAAAGCUUUAGAGAAAACAGUUGAACAACUUGUAAGUGCAAAUCAGAGAAAGAAACAGGUUGAAAAAGCUAUAUGUAAGCAGCUGUACAAAACACACACCAUACUCAAGCAAUCAAGGGUUAAUUUGCAAAGUGAAACAACAGAAGGUUCAUGUACAGAAGAAUAUGAGUAACUUCGCAGAGUGUUUACAAAUUAUUGAGUGUAUAUAGUUAAGAAAUUCUAAAAUUUCUUUCAAGAUGAAUUCAUACCCAAAAAUUUGGUGUAUGGCUCAGGGUAAUUUAUUUGUUGCUGUGAAGCUAACUUAGUGCCAGUGAUAGAAACAGAUGCAGUGAAAUGGCUGACAAUGCAUGAUUAACAGUGACAUUUGACUUUGUGAAAUAUAUUUUUCUUGUAAAAUGUUUUUCAGGAUGUUUGAAAUAGUGGUUAAUGUGACUUCACGUUUUCAUCAGUUUGUCCUUGUCUUGACAAAUGCUUUAUACUGCCAAAAAAUAAAGUAUGAGGUAUUGAUACCAUGCCAGUGGAUAAAUACAUGACCAUUUUCAAAACAAAUAUUUUUAAUAUUCUUGAUAUGUCUGUUAUUUGUACCUGUUGUAAAGUAAUUCAUUUCACACAUUGUGUGAAGCUGUUUCUUAAUGUUUGUACAUAUUGUACUAUACAUUUUCCUUUUUUUAACAAAAUAAAUAUUUAUCUUCCGAA